AUGGAGGGGAGGCCACGCAACUACACAAACGGGCCUGGCGACCGUCCCCAGGUCCGUCUGCCCACUGGCGGUCCUAGGGGGCCGCCGUCCGCCACCAGCUCCAGCUCUGGCCCAUCUGGCAUGUCCCGCGCCGAAAGAUUCGACGACGAGCGACGGAGAAUCACUGAGAGCUGCUUCUCCAAGGUGGACGAGCAAGGACAACUCCAGGAAUCGUACAUCACUCACAUCCGCGUUCAAGAAGAUGGCGCAUUCCCCCAGUCCCCGCCUCCACCGAGCGCACCUCCCUCCAACAAGAAGGCGCGAAUCAUCAUGAUCUCUGUGCGGAACACGGGCCGAGUCAAGUUGCACAAGGCCAGAGAAAACGCAAAUGGCACCUUCUCCAUCGGAAAAACCUGGCCCAUGGAGGAACUCUCUGCUGUCGAAAACUACGUACACCUGGAGCCGGCCAAUGAGGAGGAGGCACAGCGUAAGCAGUGGGCUGGAGACAAGGGCUUCACCGUCACCAUUGGAAAGCCGUACUACUGGGAAGCUGGGACUGCGAAAGAGAAGGAGUUCUUUAUUGGAAGUAUGGUCAAGAUCUACAACAAGUAUACUAAAGGAGAUUUCCCCAUCUUGACUGGCUUCAGCGCAACGGAGCUGGGAACUCUGACCAACGGUCAGCCUCAUUUAGCAACGCCCGAGGGUCGUGCUGCAGGUCGUAGUCAAGGUGCCCCCAGUCCAGGGCAACCGCGUCCGAGCCCACCGGAUCAGAGACAAAUGCCUCCCAAGUCGCCUGGCGGACCACUGCGAAAACCCGGAGAAGCUUCGUCGCCAUUGGCUGGGGAUAAUAGAAGGGGUCCGCCUCUAGGGGUAAACCCAAACUUCAGAAGACCCGGAGAGGCCAAUAUUCCAAGGCGACCUGGACGACCAGAUGAUGACCUCCGCCCUGGAAGUAGACCGAGCACAGGCGACGACGCUCGGAGACCUCCACCUUACCCACCAAACUCAAUGACAGCUGCGCCAUCCAUGCCCAACCUUCGGCAGAAGCAACCCAUGGAUCCCAGCAUUCGCUCGCGACCCAGCGGAGAGACCAUGCGAAUGCGUGGUGGUGCUCAGGCACAAAGCCCUCUCACAGCACAACAAUUCGCGGCAAGAAAUCUGACACCGCAAUCCUCCAAUCCAGAGCUUGCUGGUCGGCCUGGGACACCGGAUUCUGGCAACUACCCGUCAAGUCUGAGUCCCGCUCGUGGACAACCUCGUGGAGACGCUCAGUCUCAACGAUCGGAGAGAUCUGUCGAAAAUUCGCCUUUUGAUGGCCCACCUCCAGGUAUCGCACCACCAGAUCAGCGCAGACAGAAUGGGUAUCCCUCGCCCAGAAGAGAUCCUAGAGACCCAUCUCCAAGAGGCCUUAGACCUGGCACAGCCCAGAGUGGCGCGAGGCCAGGUACGGCUCAGAGCAACGCCAGUUCAAGCUUUACUAGACACGAGGAUGCGCCCCCCGAGGAGCCUCCCCAGCGUAAAAGGCCAAUCAUGGAAGCGCGCCCCUCCCAGGCGUCGCAACGGAGUGUGGAUAGCCAGGGCACUGACCCACGUUCCAAUUUCCAGACACCUUCUGCAUCCCCCGCCCCACCACUAGAAGUGCCGCCACGAAGGCGACCAGAAAUACCGGAGAGACUAAAACCUACUUCCCAAGAUAACGUUUCUUAUGCAUCGUCACAGCCUACACCACCGCCUACGUCACCACUCCCUCAGAUACCAACUGCCGCUACAACACAAGCAGCGCCAGCGCCAGUACAGCAAGCAUCCACACCACCAGCCCCUAUACAGGAAACGCCCGUACCGCAAGCACCUGUACAAAGAUCAUCUCCGCCUCAAGCAUCUGCACAGCAAACACCUCCGCCAGUUGAAGCAGCCGCACCUGCAGUGCAACCUUCAACAUCACCCGAUUCAGUCGGGGUCUCGACACCGACAGAAGAAAAAGACGAAGACGCUUCCCACCGGCCCGGCCUUGGUCCCAUGGUGAAGAAGCCGUUGGCCACUAACGAGGCUGCGAACAAGUUUCGAAAGUUUGCGGCGGCUGCAGGUGCUUUCAAGCCCCGUGCCGGUGGUGCUGCUGCGAAGCUUUUGAACAAGGAAACGAAAAAGUCAGAUGAACCAGAUGGGGUCAACGCAGUGUUCGUACCGCAGCGCCAAGUACCCAAAGAGGCGCCCAAAGAAGAAGUCGAGAAGAAACCGGAGGAAGCGCCCAAGCCCGUGCCGGAUAGAUCAUCGAAAGAAAGACCGCAUAUCAACACCGAGGUGGUCCCGUCUGUGACUGUGUCUGGCCCCUUGACGCCAACACAGCCCAGCGCCGUAGAAGAAACGAAAGAGCAAAGCGCGCCACCAACGCCAGAAAAAGUAGCGACCAAAGAAGCGACACCUGAACCUGAAGUGCGACGGAAGAAGCGCCGAUCCAAUCAACAGAUUGUGAACAUCUCAAAGCUUGGAAUAGACCCUAGUAUCAUUGAUGAGCGGGGUUUGGAGUUCGAAAGUAUACUUUCUGAGCUCGGAUGGGGCAGCAACGAGCUUUCUAACAAGCACAUUGAGUUACUAGAAACAGACAUCAAACGCGAAAUUGCUCGUGUUGAAGCUGGAAGCUGGCUCAAUCAUCUGGAACAGAAGGAUGAUCGAGUGGAAGCUGUAGAACGCAUGCUGGAUCGCGCAAUUGCAGAAUGCGACGAGCUCGAGGGGCUGCUGACGUUGUACAAUGUCGAGUUGAGCAGUUUGAACGACGACAUUGCUUUCAUCGAAGCGCAAAGCCAGGGUUUGCAGGUACAGACCGCGAACCAGCGUCUGUUGCAACACGAGCUCCAACAGCUAGUCGACACCAUCUCCAUCACUUCGGAUCAACUUGAGCCUCUAAGACGCGCUCCUAUCGGUAAGAUCAAUGGGCUCAAGGACAUUGAAUUCUCUUUGGUCCUUCUAUACAAAGCGCUGAUCACGAUUGAUCCAUCGUUUGUUUCUGGGGGCCGCUCAGGUGCCACUGAAGAUCUUACCGCGAUGAACGCACGGGCAGGAUUUGGCAAUAGUGACUUGGCAACAAUGCAAGCUCUUCAAGAAAAAAGAGACCGAUAUCUUGGCGAAGGCGCCAUGUUCCUAGACCGGCUCAAGAAACAUAUGAACAUCACCUUCGGUGCAGCAUUCAUGGCAACCAAGGAUGAGCUUUCGAGACUUGAUCACGGCUCUAUGCCAUCGCUGAAGGACAACAUAGACGCCCAUGAUGCAGGUCGAAGCGAGCUUUGGAUGUUAAGUCCAGUGAUGCUAUUUGCAAAGGAAAUUGACAGGGCUUCAUGGGACAUGCUACUUCGCAUGUACCAAGACCAAGCAGCGCAACUUUAUCAGCAAGAGGUCAGGGACAACAUCCUGGCAUGGAGGAAAUUCGCUCGGAAGCCCACUGGCGAGGAACAGGAGUUGCUCUUUACUGCACAAGAGAAAGAACCCGAAAGUAUCACAGGCACGGCAAGAAAGCUGACUGUUAAGCGAAGUCAGACCUUGGCUCGUGGCUUGAGAUCUGCUUCUGGAGAUAAAGAUGCCAAGGCAAAGCCGGCCUCACAAGAUGGCAAGCUACAUGCUUUCGAUGUUUUCGCACGUGUUCUUGAGGACACUGGCCCGGUACUUCUCACAGAACAGAACUUUAUCACCGAAUUCUUCCAUGCUACAUCUACCGACUCGAUCGACUUCCCCGAUGCAGUGCAGGCCGCACCCCCAGAAGAGCGACGUGGGCCAAAUCUCUGGAUACGGAAGCAAUUCGAGGCAGACAGAGCCAUGGCGAAGCUCGUUAGUGGUGUCAUGGAAGAGAUCUUCUCCUUCUGGCCCGCUGAGAUUCAGAGCCUUGUGGACUGGGCCACCAAAGCCGAUCCUUUGCAAGGAGUAGGCAUUCUAUGUGCCGUCGAUCGAAAGCUAGUCGACAUUGAAGAUACGAACCAAGACUUCUUGACGAGAAAUUUGCAAAAGAUACACGAGCGUCUACAAGGGCUAUUUAGCCGCUUUCUGGAUGAGCAAAUACGCGCUAUCGAAGAUACAAAGGUCAAGAUCAAGAAGCGCAAGGGAGUGAUUUCGUUCAUGAAGACUUUCCCUCAUUUCUCCAUUGCUAUCGAGAACAUGCUACCGACUGCGUCUGAGGGCGGAAACCAGCUCGAGAUCAGACGUAUGGUAAAUGAUGGCUAUCAGAGAAUUAACAAAGCCAUGUUCGAGAGCUUAAAGGUCAUUGCGAAAGAAUCGCCUACUGUCAUGGCUUCCCAAGGACAAGGUGAUCCAGAGGACAAGGAGGCGUUGAACUACCACAUCCUGCUUAUUGAGAACAUGAACCACUACAUGGAAGAAGUUGAUGCGCGUCAAGUUUCAGUCCUGGAUCUGUGGAAGGGCAAAGCUCAAGAUGAGUACAAUGAGCACAUGGGUCUCUAUGUCGAUGCCGUCAUCCGAAGACCGCUAGGCAAGCUUUUAGAAUUCAUCGAAUCGACCGAAACCCUCCUAUCUCAGCCCGGCGCGAGUGCACAAGCCAUCUCGCAACGCUCCUCUCACUCUCACUCUGUCUUUAAAAAACUGGCACACUCACAUGAUGCCAAAGACCUACGCAAAGGCAUCGAGGCCUUGAAAAAGCGGGUUGACAAGCACUUUGGCGACGCGGAUGACCCAACCAUCAGUCGAGAUCUGGUGUUCAAGGUGCUGAAGGAGUGCGAGAAGACGUACGUAAAUGUAGCUGAAAGGUUGACGACGAUCAAUCAAGAUGUAUAUAGUGGUGAGGUGGAGAUUGAUUGGAGUGAAAAGGAGGUUGAAGCGGCCUUCCGGAGAUAG